CUCCCUCAUGGAGGUGGUGAAUUUCAGAGAUUUCACAUUCACUGGCCGAAGAAGGGUUUCUGGUAGCACAACACCAACAUUGCAAACCCGUGUCUCUUUCUUCUUUCUUCAACACUGUUCUGUUGUGUUGUUUUUUUCUCUUUCCAUCUUUCUCUCUCUAUUAUAUUUUAUUAUUAACUUGUUUUAUUUACCCGAAAAACCAAACCUGCAAUUUCCGAACCUGAAAUCCUCCUUCUUUGAAUCACCCUUCUUAUUUCUAGAGGAGGGUUCUUAACGGGCUACACCCAAAUCGUGGAAGUAUUGGAUUUUGACCCUUCAAUCGCUGAAUCGAACUACCUUUCAGCGGUGGGGUCGUUUUGGGGUAAUUGAACGCGUUGGUGAGAUGAGAAGAACUUGUAUGUUUUGGGUUUGCAAAGAGUUAUUAUAAGAAGGAGUUGUUGCAGUAUAACUUCUUCUUCUUCUUUAUAAUGGCGGGAAAGCGUGUUUAUGAAGCAUGGAAAGGAAGUAAUAAAUUCCUAUUUGGAGGAAGGUUGAUAUUUGGACCGGAUGCUAGGUCACUUCUUGUUACCUUGCUGCUGAUCAUUGUUCCAGUUAUCAUCUUUUGUGUAUUUGUAGCAAGACAUCUUCGGCAUGAAUUUUCUUCAUAUAAUGCCGGAUAUGCUAUUUUGGUGGUGGCAGUUCUCUUUAAUAUUUAUGUGUUGAUUCUUCUCUUUCUUACUUCCUCACGUGAUCCGGGUGUUAUUCCAAGGAAUUUACAUCCACCAGAGGAAGAGUUCCGUUAUGACUCUUCAGUUUCAGUUGAUAUUGGGGGUCGCCAAACUCCAAGCCUUCAGUUCCCUCGAACAAAAGAAGUAAUGGUCAAUGGUCAUCCCGUGAGGGUGAAAUAUUGUGACACUUGUAUGCUGUAUCGUCCACCUCGUUGUUCACAUUGCUCCAUUUGCAACAAUUGUGUUGAACGUUUUGAUCACCAUUGCCCUUGGGUGGGCCAAUGUAUUGGGCUGAGGAACUACCGUUACUUCUUUCUGUUUGUUUCUUCAGCCACUAUUCUAUGUAUCUAUGUGUUUUCCAUCUCAGCUUUUUACAUCAAGGUUCUAAUGAAUAAUGAUCACGGGACAGUUUGGGGGGCAAUGAAAGAAUCCCCUGCAUCAGUUAUAUUAAUGGCAUACUGUUUCAUCUCUUUGUGGUUUGUUGGUGGACUUACUGGCUUUCAUUUGUACCUUAUUGGCACAAAUCAGACUACCUAUGAGAACUUUCGGUACAGAGCCGAUAACAGGUUCAAUGUUUAUAACCGUGGUUGUUUAAACAAUUUCUUGGAAGUAUUUUGUACAAAAGUGAAGCCCUCAAGGAACAAUUUUCGAGCUUUUGUCCAAGAGGAGGUACCAAGGCCACCCCCUCCAAUCAUUUCCCGGGAAUCUGAACAGGAUAUGGGAGGAGACCCUCGCUCUAAAGUUGAAGACGAUCUGGAUAUUGGUGAAGACCUGUUAAAGAUAUCACAGCGCCGGAAUAUUGAAGAAAUUGAUGAGGACAUCCGGAGUAGAGGGAGUAAUGGGCCUCUCCAUAAUACAUCUGAAGUUGAUUCAGCUUUGGGUUCAGAUCGCCGGGCCCCAACAAUUCGAUCCGAAGCAAGGCACUCAAGUGAGGGUAGAAGUGAAAGCUGGGAAAUUGCCUCUGAGGUCCUUGCCAAUUCAAAUUUAACUGAAAGUAGAGGCCAUGUUGCAUCAAAGGAGGUGCGCCAAAAACUCGGUGGUUCUUUCUGAUAUGUGUGGUUACUUAGAUAUUAAAGGUGGAAAAGGAAAUGGUGUUUGAUCAGAUUAUAGGAAUGGGAAUUGAAUUGAUUGAGGCAUUAAGUACAAAAACUUGUUUGAUCUUUUUUGUGGUAAGCCUAGCUCUUUUGGAAAGAAUAGAAAUGUGUGUAAUUUUCGAGAGACAGAGGAAUAGUAUCUUUUUUUCUUCUCUUUUCUUUGUUAAUUGUUAUCCUACUCUCCAACCUGUGCAUUGCAUCUUUAUGUGGUUUUA